AGAAAUCAACUACAGUAUACAUCAUGGUAUACUUAUCGGAACUGAAUUUACUUUACAAGAUAUUGUUGGUUUAGCUUAUCUUGUUGAAUGUACACAUAAUGCCUCUUCUUUAGCAGAAACUAUACCUUAUGACAUUCAACGCCACAUUAAAUUGUUUGUCAACUACGUCAAAGAUAUUGUGUCAAUCCCAACUUAUUAAUUAUAAUAAAUCAGUUUACAGACUCUGCACAUUCAGGCAACUCUCUACUAUAACAGUUUCUGGGUCUCUGUCUCUACUCUUGACACACACGCACCGUCCCCGAGCUUGGUACUCUCGACACGCGGCCUUCAGCCCGUAGCACCCCACUGGACACACGCUGGCUUCUCAGCCGCCACGGUCCACGAACCCGGUGCUCUUCACACACAGCCGAUCCUCUUCUCGCUCAGCGCCACACCACCGCUAGAUGACUCACACUCUCUUCACUCAAUCCUCAAUCUUCCACUAGAGACAUAUUCGCCGGCUCAUUUUCCGAAGGUUACAUACCAGGAAAUCUGGAAGGUUAAUCUUCUAGCAAUUUCUUUCUACCGGCUUCUGGAACAGUCCGCGGCGGCCACACCUACAGUAUGCGUCCGCUAGCCAGGGAAGAAGGCAAGCCCCUCCCCACCAGUGCGAUUACGUCACAAAACAAAUCCAGGAGCUUGAUGCGAGAUCAGCCAGUCUCUCAGUUCAGCGCAGAUUAGACAUGAAACGAAUACAUUAGACUAAUUUCUACUGUCAGUUGUAUGCAUCUGAUGAAUACUAGAACAAGGACGGAACAACAUUACAUGCACCAAACUAUACAGAAUAGUCUACAGGCGUCCCGGUGAGGAACUGUAUCGGUGCAUGAUGGAGAAAACGACAAUAUGGCGGAUGUUCUUCGCUGUCUUAUUCUUGCAUCUCUCAGCAUCGGAUCUUGGUCCUGAUAUUUGCAAACGCUCAUCCAGAACUGUCGACUGUCGGAACGCAUCGCUUACGAAGAUAACACUUAACCUUGGCGAAGACACGGAGGUCCUGAAUCUGUCUUUUAAUCAGAUUCGAAUCCUCCAUAAUGAAUUCUUCCCUGAUGUGAAUGUGAAUCUCUUAAUGUCGAUAUAUUUGAAUGACAAUGUUAUAAUAGAUUUGGAACCAGAAGUUUUUAAACCACUGGAAGCUUUGAGACAUUUGCAUCUACAAAAUAACCUUAUAAAGAGUCUCCAUCCAAGCAUCUUCCAAACCAAUACAAACCUAACGACGUUAGACAUUAGUGGAAAUCAACUAAUGGAAAUCAAUUCUAACAUAUUUGAAAAGAAUUAUGUUCUAUCAUGGGUAGACAUGACAAGAAAUAAGUUGAGUGUUUCAUACGUCCACCCUGCAAUUUUUAGUUCUUCCCUUAACACCGUCGACAUAGAUAUUUGUAAAAAACCAACAUAUUUUAUAAAUUCUUUUGAGAAUGUACCAUAUCUUAAACAACUUAAGUUAAAAGAAAGUGAAGUGUUUACUGUGAAAAACUUGACCUCACAUCAAAAUAUAAAACAUGAAGAACUAUACUCAGAGAAUAACGCGAUCUCUAAGUUGAUUAAGUUUGGUUUUGCGGAGCAUAAUAUGUUAAGGUAUGACGGAAUAGAGAAAGUAGUAUUUCUUCCAGAAAAUUCUUCUCUUGUGUGCUUCUGCCCUCGUCUCUCAGCUUGGUUUUGGUGUUACGAGGAGACAUUUUCGUGUGAAAACAGAACGGCUGACGUAUAUUCACUUCUGAAGUGCAGUGGGACGUCAGAAAUAUUCUUUCACACAUCUUCACCUUUACCACGAACACAAUCAACAUCAACAACACCAUCGUCAUUACCAGUAAAUUAUACAGAAGCAGCCGCAAUUUAUGAUGACAAAACGAAUGUGCAAGACAGUGAAAAUAUUUCUGGCGCAAGUUCGAGACCACCUAAUGAGAACAGCCAUGACACACAUACAGUAUUAUACAUUUGCACAUUCGUAGUCAGCUUAAUUGUUGCUGUUGUAGCGGUGACAGUGUGUUAUAUACUUAAAAAGAGACGAGAACGAAAUAUGGCAGAGGGACAUGUUCAGUAUUCAAAUAUUUCAAUGAACACCUCAACGUCAAAUACUUGUAGGUCUGAAUUACAACCAAUACAUUACCUUUCUUCUGAUGUCACAGAUUUGAAAAAUUUUCCCGAACGUAUAUACGGCAAGAUUAAGAAGUAGUCUCAUACGAAAGGCACAUCAACCACGCAUACAUAAUUUGUUUCAGAAAAUGCCAUUUAGUACUGCAAAAGUAACUGGUGUUAAUAAAUGGCAUAGACAAAGUAUGUCGGUGUUGUUCAGAUAUUCGUUACAUGUAACGCCACCUAGUAAUGCAACAGGAAUUGUAACUGCUAGCAGAUAUCCAUGGCCUAGUGAAGCCGCAGAGAUAACGCUGUAUUGACAGACAAUGUAAUGCCAUCUACCUGUAUUCACUAAUAACUAAUGAUAACACAUACUUUUAAACUGUAGUGAAAUGUUAAAGUAAUUCCGCAGAAUAAAUUACAAACGCACUAAAUCUGAGUUUGUGGGUUGUUCGACGAGGUUAUGACAACUGCUGACAAUGUCUGGAAAUAUCAACGCAAAAUAUUACAAUUCAUUCCCUCACACCUAACAAAUCAUUCAGAUUUAUUUCAAUAUAAGAACAAUCACUAAUUGUUUCAGAAAUUGAACAAAAAAGCAUUUUACCAUCUGUCCGCCGUUAUUUGCAAAAACCUUAUUUACUGUGUAAAACAAAAUCUGCAAAAAUUAACACCAGUAAGCGCCUCGAACACAAUUCGAGAUUCCAGUAAUGUUUGUUUGAUGACAUUUUACACAAUGCCUCGUCUUUUAACUUUAAAUAGAUCGAUUAUAUGUACGUAUCAAACAUAUUCAAAAGAAAAUGUAUUUCAUCCAAAAUUUUUCGAAUAUUUCAACAUUCAAUUUGUUGGUAUCCAUUACGCAGUUUCGGGAAUGAAACAUUCGACUGAAAAGAUCUAUAAGACCUCUCAAUUAUGUGUUAAUUUCAUGCAUUUUAUUCUAACAACACCCAAAAUAUAUACCCAUCUACACACAUAUUCUAUUAAUUGUGUAAAUUUUUAAUGA